AUAUCCUUGUUUGUGCCCAUUUCUUAACCACCGCUUUAUAUACUUCAGUUAACCUCCAUAUAGGGCUCAACCGGGAGCGCACUACAUCCAUUGCAACAACAUCCACAGCGGGUGUUAUCAACUCGCAAAGAAACUUAAACAAACAGGAAGUAAAUCGCAACAAAAAAUGCAUUAUCACGAAAGCUAGUCGAUGUACCGAGGCAGCCCAUAUAUGUAUGCCCUUCUUCAAUGGCUGAGCACCUUACAUCCCUAAAAUCGUUGAAAUGGGUGCUUCUGGAAGAAUUCUGGUCCGACGAGGAUAUCCAAUCCUGGCAACAAACGUUGCUCACUCCAUCCAAAAUUGAGAUCCCGCAGAACCUAAUAACCAUGGACAAGACAGUCCACGCGGCCUGGGACAACUACACGUUUGCACUCAAGCAUAUCCAGACUACUCCUGAUCAAAAAACCAUGGAACUCGAGUUUCACUGGCUACACAUCCGCCCUCGUGGAACGGGGCUUAUCUCACUCUUAGAAAUGCCGGACCUACCACCAAAUAACUUUAGCGGUCGAGGGAACUUGAGGUUUUGGGAUUGCCUCACGGAAAGAAAGAUUUGCUCGGGUGAUACAGUCGUCCUUCGAACAGAGGAUCCAGAUAAGUUUCCUCUCCCCAGUGAAGAACUACUCAAAAUGCAGUGGCAUCUAAACAGAGUAGCCGCUCUGUCAGGUGCUUCGGAGGUACUUGAUUUUCAUCGACAGGAAGACAAUCCGUUCACAGUUCAUUGAAGAUCCACGCCCCUUGACUUGAGCAAAUUGUUGGAAGCUCAUCCUAGAUAGAAUUUAUAUGGCAGCUAUCAUGAAGGAAUGGUUUUCUAAAGGUCGUGGAAACUGG